AUGACAGCACGUCAGGCUUACAUCAAGAAAUUCAGUGUUGAUCCAGUGGACCUUGUGCAUGCAGAUCAUAUGUCGGAUGAAGUGUCUGGACCAGACAAUGAUGAGUUGGAGGAUGGUUGGAAGCGAAGGAUGGCGGAGAAAAUGGGAAUGCCUGCCAACUCACAAGUUGAAAACUUGUCAUUCCUGGAGGUUACAAGAAGUCCCUGGAGAUCUGACGAACUCAGUCAGAUCUUUCAUACCCUGCAUGAUCUUUGGCGAGCAUCACUGACCUCCAAGCAAAAGAAGCGCUUCCACAUGAUCCAAGUCACUGGCACAGAUCAUCAAUCACAGCAUAUCCCUGAUUUUACUCCCUAUACCUUCAGCAUCAACAUAGAAUGGCUUGAGGCCAACAAAUAUAGACUAGAGUAUCAAGACUUACUCAAGGAAUGGGGUGCAUGGGAGGAUCCAGAAGGUUUUGGUUUGAAAAAAAGGGAGCAUCAGGACAAUCAAGGCACUCCAAACAAUGAAGUUGAUGAGAACAAUGCUAGAGAGACAGAAGGAUGA